UGAUGAUCUGUGUUGCCCCAGCAGUGCCACCUGUCAGUGUCCAUCAGUGCCAGCUGUCAGUGCUCAUCCAUGCCACCUGCCAGUGCCCAUCAGUGCCACAUCAAUGCCACAUUUCAGUGCCUACCAGUGCACAUCAAUGCCACAUAUCAGUGCCCAUCUAAGCUGCCUUUCAGGGUCACCCAUCAGUGCCAGUCAGUGCCACCUAUCAAUGUCAGUCAGUGCCACCUAUCAGUGCUGCCAAUCAGUGCAACCUAUCAGUGCCAGUCAGUCCCGCCUAUCAAUUCCAGUCAGUGCCGCCUAUCAGUGGGCAUCAGUGUUGCCUAUCAGUGCCACCUAACAGUGCCAGUCAGUGCUGCCUAUCAGUGCCAGUCAGUGCCGCCUAUCAGCCCAUAUCAGUGCCAUCCUAGAGUUCUGCCUUUCAGUGCCCAUCAGCGUGCCAAUGCCUCAUCAGUGCCUCAUCAGUGUCCAUCAGUG